ACCGGUCCAGAAUUUUUAAAAACUUUUAUUUCACAACUUUAAGAAACGUUACAUUUAGAGCGAUGUAUCAAUACAGUGAAGAAAAUUCAUUUCCAGAAUUAUUAUUAUCAGACGUUGAUUCAUUACUGGAGACAGGUACUGAAUUCCAAUGGAAACUGGAGAAGAAAAGCCGCAACUCUCAUUUGGUGUGAUAGCAGAUGUCCAGUAUGCUGAUGCUGAUGAUGGUUACAACUUUAGUAAAACAAAUCGCAGAUACUAUCGGACAGCUUUAAAAAUGCUUGACAAGGCAGUGAUGAUUUGGAACAAAGACUCGUUGAAAAAGCCACAGUUUGUUUUACAACUUGGUGACGCUAUUGAUGGCCUCAACAAAAGACAGAACACGUCAGAAUCAGGGCUUGCUGAUGUGUUGAAAUCAUUUGCAAAUUUUGAAGGAUGUGUUUACCAUAUAUGGGGUAACCAUGAGUACUAUAACUUUACCCGAGAAUAUUUGAUGAAGUCAAGCCUGUACUCAGGGAAUACAUUGCACAGUACCCCAGUCCCUGGUAAAGUGUAUUACACCUGUGAACCACAUCCCUAUCUGAGGAUUAUAGCCCUAGACACCUAUGAGGUAAGCAUGUUAGCCAAACCUGCUAAUACAUCACAAUCACAACUGGCUAAUGAGUACAUGGCAAACAAUUUGAAUAGGGACAAAAACUCGGGAGCUGGUUUGAUAGGUGAUAUGAGAAGAUUUGUAAGGUUUAAUGGGGCGCUGAGUGAAGAGCAAAUAAAGUGGAUGAGAACAAAUCUACAAGAGGCGGAGAGAUUGAGGCAAAAUGUGAUAAUAAUCGGUCACUGUGGUGUAUUUGCUGAGGCCACUGAUCCCUCUUGUUUGUGCUGGAAUGCUCCCGAGGUCUUGCAAGAAAUCCAAGCCAACAGUGACAGUGUGCUGUGUUACCUUUCCGGUCAUGAUCAUGCCGGAGGAAUGGCGUUUGAUGAGAAAAAUAUUCUGCAUAUAGCGUUACCAGGAGUGCUGGAAAACAACAUAGAUUCUGAUUUUGGUACCAUGUACAUGUAUAAGGAAAGGCUUGACCUUGUUGGGAAUGGGCGCGUCCCAAAUCUUAGUAUAGCAUUGAAAUACAAACUUUCAGAUAAUAACAGUUAACGUUAGAUCUUACCAUAUCUUUGUUUUAAAUCAUUUACAGUUUUUAGCAAUUUUCUGUGCAUUCAAGAUGUUUUACUUUCAGUUAGAUUUGAUAUUCUAAUGAACUGUAGAAGUAAAUGUGAUAAUAAGAAUAAUUUUAGUCAGUGUUUUACUCGGGAAGAGUAUUAGGGGUGUGUUUUGAUAACAAUAUGUAAUAACAAUGGAACAUUGUACUGAUAUAUGAUUUUGUAAGUUAAUUAAUUUAUUGUACAGGUACAAAAGGUAUUGAUUUUAUUUUUAGUGUAUUGACUUCUUAUGUUGUUUGUUUGUGUGAGGAAACACUUGUUUUAAAUUUCAAAGUUUAAUAUGGGUUUCGUGUUUGGGAAUGUAAUGACUGUGAUUGUAUUCUUCAAAAAUACUUGUUGUUUAUUCUAUUCUUUUACAGUGAAAAGGCUACUUCAUUUAUAAAAACUUCAUUUAAGAAAUAUCAAACCUACAGUCCUGAACUUUUUGUUUUUGUCAAUAUUUAUUUAGGUAAAACUAGAAAUCAACAGAAGGGAGAUAAUUUAUUUUAUAGGAAAAAAGACAAAAAUAAUUUAACAUUUAAAACCCUCAGCUACAUGUAUUUUCCAAAUUAAUUGUUAAUUCAGUGUUGGGUUAGUAAUGUUGCAUACAUAAUGAAACAGAGUCAUAGUAAUUGAACAUGAUAUUUUUCAUAGAAAGUCAUGCAUGCCUUUGAUAUUGAACUGUUUGUGAGAAAUUCAAUUUUUGGAAAGAUUAGAUUUAGAAUGUUCAUUUUUUUUUAAAUAGGAAAAUCGUGCUAGUCUUCCUCAUUUUUAGCUCGACUAUUCGAAGAAUAUGAGAGCUAUUGUAGUCGCCCCGGCGUCGGCGUCAGCGUCGGUGUCUGCGUUGGUUAAAGUUUUUUGUAAAGUCAAAUAUCUCAAUUAUUACUUGAGAUAUUCAAUUGAAACUUACAAUACUUAUUUAUAGUAACAAGGUACAUCAGAUUGACAAGUUGGAUAACUCUGACUACAAUAUUGACAGAAUUAUGCCCCUUUUUAACUUAGAAAUUUUGGUUAAAGUUUUUUGUCAAGUGAGAUAUCUCAAUUAUUGCUUGAGAUAUUCAAUUGAAACUUACAAUACUUAUUUAUAGUAACAAGGUACAUCAGAUUGACAAGUUGGAUAACUCUGACUACAAUAUUGACAGAAUUAUGCCCUUUUUUAACUUAGAAAUUUUGGUUAAAGUUUUUUGUAAAGUCAAAUAUCUCAAGUAUUGCUCGAGAUAUUCAAUUGAAACUUACAAUAGUUAUUUAUAGUAAUGAAGUACAUCAGAUUGACAAGUUGGAUAACUCUGCCUACAAUAUUGACAGAAUUAUGCCCCUUUGGAACUUAGAAAUUUUGGUUAAAGUUUUUUUGUAAAGUCAAAUAUCUCAAUUAUUGCUUGAGAUAUUCAAUUGAAAUUUAAAAUACUUUUUUAUAGUAACAAUGUACAUCAGUUUGCAAAAUUGCAUAACUCUGCCUGCAAUAUUUGCAGAAUUAUUUGCCCCUUUGAAACUUAGAAAUUUUGAUUAAAGGUUAAAGGUCUUCAAAGAUAUUUACUUGAAACUUUACACAUGCACUUAGGGUCAUAAUUGGAGGGUCAUAAUUGUAUGUCACUGACCAAGUUCCAUAACUCUAUCUUGCAUUAAGGCUGAUUCAUAUCCCCUUUUCUACUUUAAGUCUCUUGGUUAAUGUUUACAUGCAAGUUUUACAUAUCUCAAUAACUAUUAAAGAUAUUUAUUUAAAACUUCACAUAUGCAUUAAGGAUCAUAAUUGUAGGUCACUAACAAAGAUCCAUAAUUCUAUCUUGCAUUUAGGCCGCUUUUUCUCCCCUUUUUCAACUUAGAAAUUCAUGGUAAAGUUUUGCUUGUAAGCUGUUAUCUCAAUAACUACUGAAGGGUUUGUGCCUUUUUUGGGACAAUUUUAUGCAUUCAUAAUAAUAAAGCAGUGAUUUACUUGAUAAAACAUCUUAAUAACAAGCCUUUGUACCUUUUCUGUCAAAUUUAUGUAUUCAUAGGUAAUUAGUAUUAUUAUACUCAAUAAAACACCCUUGUGAUUACCUUCCGAAUAAUCAAGCCAAUACUGUAUAAUUAGACUCUCUCUAAGGCCUAUAACAUGAAUUUAUAAAAAAAAAUUAGCCCUUUUGUGAACUUAAACAAUUUAACAUUACCAAUGCUCUUUUACUAUCAAGCACUUACAAUAGUCGAGCGUGCUGUCCUACAGACAGCUCUUGUUAUGCUAAAG